UGCGGUGGAGAACAGCAAGUCGGCGACGACGGACGUCGUUCUGCAGCAGGCGACGAAGGUUCGUCGGCAUUGAACGAGGCAUCCUACCUUUUCUUUCUUGCCUGUCGAUCUCGUCGAAAGUGCUCUGAAAGAGCAGUGCUGAUAACGUGUUGUAAUGUAAACGAGAGAGAUGUAAAAUGAAUCAACUGUGUGUAUUAUUCCUUGAUGAUGAACACUUAUAUGCAAGGGAAAAGGCGGUUCGUUCAGAGUACGAAGUAAAUAUGCGAAGUAAAUAAAAACGGACAGAGUACGUUCAUUCACAGCGCGCGCGGAUGAGAAGGUACAACAAGAUGGACCAUCAAGAAGUCAAGGACUUUCCUCAAAAGAAAAAAAAAGGUCAAGGACUCCUGAGUCGCCUCUAGCCGAGUUCCAGUGUAAGUUUCCGGCACUGACAUGCACGCGCCAUGCGAAUGCGCGUAUAGCCGUAUAGGUAUAGGAAAAAGAGAGGGGUCGUCCUGCAGCUAUGGCGCAUGCACCUCUCGCGUCUGAACAGUACGCGGUUGGCGGCUUGCACCGCCGCCCAUCGGUCGAGAUGCCCGAGCGAGAUCGGUCCGGGGCCGUGCCCAGAUUUGAUCCCAUCUCAUCUCCGUGGGCAGGCAAGGAACCUUGGAUUGGCCGUCCCCCGGCUCUCUUUGUCCGUCCUGUCGUCUUUUCAAUCAGUGGCAUCUGGAUAUUGCAGUUAAUCUUCUUCGACGGUGAGGCUCAACUUCUCCCCGACGUUUUUUGUGUUUGUUUGUUUGUUUAAACGGCCGUCUCCCUGACAGGAUGCUGGUUACGUUUUAAGUGUCUCAAACUUAGUAGUAUAUUUUAUACUAACAUUAAUAUAAAAUUAAGACAUUUAUUUUAGAACAGAAGAAGUACUUCUUCCGUUUCAUAAUAUAAAAACGUUUUUGACACUACAUUAGCAAUGACAAAUCUUGACAGAAAUAAAGGGACUCAAAGUUAAAUGUGUGUAUAAAAAAUCAAAUUUGAUCCAAAUAAGGUCAAAUGUUUUAUAGAAUAGUAGUAUUUUUUCUUUUCCAAUUUUUGAAGGGGGCUCGAGCCUAUCGAAACCCCUCUGCUAGAUACAUCAUCAUACACUAGUGUAAAAAACGUCUAUAUUAUUGGACGGAGGGAGUAGCACAGUUAGCUGCAUACUGCAUUAGCUGAAAUCGAAUAUAUACCUUCCCCUUGGGCGGGAUAAGAGCAAUUGAUUAGAUGACAAAGCACUUUGUACUCACUCCAUCCGCGCCGCGGCCAGCUCUAAUAGUUGCCUAGUUGGUGCAUGUUUCGUUAUCCCUGGACUUUGAUACAGACCUUUCCCCUGCUUUAUGCCAAAAGAGUCCAAGCUAUUUCCUCUGUAUCGAAAUACAUGUGGCUGGAGUAGCUGAACUUAAGCUACUCCAGCGACAUGUAUUUGGGUACAGAGGGAGUAGAUGUCAGCCAGCAAACCCAAUCAAGAUGCAUGCACGCAUGCCGCAAAACCCUUUAUCUCAACAAUAUCUACCCUUUGAUUCUCUCUCGGUAAACCCUUGUAUCUCAAUAUACAUUUGUCCAUUGAUUCUAUCUUCUUCGUUGGUUUUAGGUCAGCAGUAAACAUUGAGGUCGUCACUUGAAAAAGAUCAGCAGCACAAGGCUUGAUGCCGUUGCAGAUCCCAACUACAGUACAUACUAACUACAUCGCGUCUCAAGCCACCACGUGCUGACAGGUCCUCCUUUUGGUCAGCACACGCCCCCGUCCCCUCCCACUACUCACUGCUUAGCUUCUUUUGCCCAAGUUUGUCUCUCACUCUCUUGCCUCAGUGUAACAGGGCAAUUCCUUGCCAUCUUGCUGCGUUUCACAGCUCCAUGCCACCUUCUGAUGAUUUCCAGCAUCCCAUGGAGCAAUUGCAAGCAUUGGACUGCGUCCGGGCAGCAGCGUUCGCCGUCCUGCUGGUUUGGACCCUUGCAGAGUUCUUGAAACGGAGGAAGCGGAGGCAUCAGGAAGCAGCAGCGGCAGGGCAAGGCGGCGACAUGGCCUCGUGGCAGCGAGGAGGGGCAGCCAGUAUAGUUGCAUUCUGCAACGCUUCCAUCGCGCUGUCCCAUAUCGGGUUCUCGGUUCUUGGGUUCUGGAAGCAGCGAGCCGUCUCCCCGGGCCUGGUAUUUGAAUCUGCCUCAUGGCUUCUGUCUACUCUACUCUUGCUCUACUUCAAGCAUGAAGAUGCUGCAGGAGUAGUAGUAUCGUCCAACUGGCCUCCGGUUCUUGUUUCUUGGUGGUUCUUCAGCUUCCUAUCGGAAUCGGUCCUCGCCACGCUGCAUUUGCUUCGCCUCUUUGAUUCUGCAACUGUCGUCGUCGAUUUCGCUUCUCUUCCUUUCUGCACCGUCAUCUGCCUGGUGGUUGUAGCUAUGAGCCUUUCCAAAGCAAACCAGAAAGAGCUGGACCAGCCGCUGCUACUGAGGGAGGACGCUGAUGACAGCAGCAGGGAUAGGUUCUCUAGCUCGGGGUGGUGGAGUCGCCUCACAUUCCGGUGGCUGAACCCAGUCUUUGAGAAGGGGCACAGGGUGAGGCUCGAGCUGGAACACAUCCCGUCUGUGCCUCAGUCCGAGACGGCAGAGCAGUCAUAUGCCUUGCUUCAGGAGACACUCCACAAGCAGAAACCAGAGCCGAUGCCACUGCGGGAAGCCAUCAUUUGUGCUGUCUGGACACCUUUGGUCACCAAUGCAGUCUUUGCAGGGCUCAACACUUUUUCUUCUUAUAUGGGACCAUUCUUGAUCACCUACUUGGUGGAGCUACUCUCCGACAAGAACACUGAAAAGGGCCAUGGCCAUGGCUACAUGCUUGCAUGCCUCUUCUUUGCCUCCAAGACAGUUGAGUCACUCUCACAGCGGCAGUGGUACUUUGGCGCCCGCAGAAUUGGAUUCCAGGUGCGCGCAGCACUGAUGGUGUCCAUCUACAAGAAGUCCUUGCUAAUGAAGAACUCGAGCACAGUUGCAGGGAAAGUUGUGAACUUCCUUGAUGUUGACGUCGAGAAGGUUGGUGAGUUCUUCUGGUACAUCCAUGGGAUUUGGUUGCUGCCCUUGCAAAUUUUCUUAGCACUUGCCAUCCUGUACCAUAGUCUUGGUGCAAUGGCCUCGCUGUCUGCAGUCCUCGUAACAGUGUUGGUGAUGGUGAGCAACACGCCACUGGCAAAUUCACAGCAGAACCUCAAUAUGAAGAUAAUGGAGGCGAAGGACUCGCGCAUCAAGGCUAUGGCUGAGGCAAUGAAGAGCAUGAGGAUCUUGAAGCUUCAUGCAUGGGAGACAGCCUACUUGGACAAGCUCCUGAAGCUCAGGGAUGUGGAAAGGGGGUGGCUCAGGAAGUAUCUCUAUACGUGCUCAGCAAUAGCUUUCCUGUUCUGGGCCUCACCAACGUUGGUUUCGGUCGUUACCUUUGGUGUCUGCAUUCUUGUGGAGAUACCAUUGUCAGCUGGAACAGUCUUAUCAGCCCUUGCCACGUUUAGAAUCCUCCAAGACCCAAUCUACAACCUCCCUGAGCUUGUGUCAAUGGUCACACAAACCAAGGUGUCCUUGGAUAGAAUAGAGGAGUUCAUCAAAGAAGACUACCAGGGGAAGCCAAGUUUUUAUGGCAACAUAACUGGAACGAAGGACUUGGCAAUGACUGGUGAAAUAGUAAUUGAACCAGGAGAGUACAGUUGGGAAGCUGACAAUAGCUCGAAGAAAACAAAGGUAACACUCAAGAUCAACAGCAAGGUGAGCAUCGGGAAGGGUCUCAAGGUUGCGGUGUGCGGGCCAGUUGGUUCAGGCAAAUCAAGCCUCCUUUACAGCAUCAUGGGAGAGAUUCCAAGGGUUAGCGGUGCAGAACCAACAGUUGUCGGGUCAAGGGCAUAUGUCCCACAGAGUGCGUGGAUUCAAACUGGGACAAUUCAAGACAAUGUGCUCUUUGGUAAAGCUAUGGACAGAAGCUUAUACGAAGAGGUGCUACAAGGGUGUGCUUUGGAUAGAGAUUUGGAGUUAUGGUCCAAUGGAGAUAUGACUGUAGUUGGGGAAAGAGGUGUGAACCUAAGUGGAGGCCAGAAGCAGAGGAUCCAACUUGCGAGGGCAUUGUACAGCGAUUCUGAUGUUUAUUUCUUGGAUGAUCCCUUCAGUGCUGUGGAUGCACAUACUAGUGCACAUCUCUUCAAGGAAUGCUUACUGAGGCUAAUGUCCUCUAAGACAGUCAUGUAUGUUACUCAUCAGCUAGAGUUCUUGCGAGAUUCAGACCUCGUUCUGGUUAUGAACGAUGGAAGGAUUGUUCAGUCUGGGAAAUAUGAUGAUCUGAUAGCUGACAAAGAUGGAGAGCUCUCGGAGCAAAUGGCUGCACAUGAUCAAUCCCUUAGUCAGGUCAACCCAGCAAAAGCACAUGGCUUGGCCGAAAUCAAACAACAGAAGAAGCAGAUUUUGACCACAGAAAUAGAAUCAGAUGGCCAUGCCAUAGGGAGGGAAUGUGAAGAAGAGCGUGAAUCUGGAAGAGUCAAAUGGGAUGUUUACCGCAAGUUCGUCACCUCUGCGUAUGGUGGAGGUCUCAUCCCUGUUGUUCUUCUAUGCCAAAUAUUUUUCCAGGGACUGCAGAUAUGUAGCAACUACUGGAUUGCAUGGGCAGCAGAGAGAGAGGAUCAAGUAAGCAAGAAGAAGAUGAUUGGUAUAUUUGUGCUGUUGUCUGCAGGAAGCUCGGUAUUUAUAUUGGGAAGAGCUGUCUUCCUUUCAACAAUUGCCAUUAAAACUGCCCAACAGCUCUUCUUAGGCAUGAUUAGAAAUAUUUUCCGAGCACCAAUGAGCUUCUUUGAUUCCACUCCAUCAAGUCGGAUACUCAAUAGGGCUUCAACAGAUCAAGCCACAGUUGACACAGAUAUUCCCUACAGGCUAGCAGGGCUGAUAUUCGCAAUGAUUCAGCUCCUCAGCAUUAUUUUCAUCAUGUCCCAAAUUGCUUGGCCAAUAUUCAUGCUAUUCAUAAUAAUAAUUGCAAUCUCCACUUGGUAUCAGAGCUAUUACAUCAGUUCGGCUAGAGAGCUAGCAAGGAUGGUUGGCAUCAGAAAAGCUCCAGUCCUCCACCAUUUUUCAGAGACUGUAUCAGGAGCUGCAACUAUUAGAUGCUUUAAUCAGGGAGAGAAGUUCUUGACAAAGAGUCUUGCGCUAAUUGAUGACUAUACCCGCAUUACUUUCCAUAAUUCAGCAACAGUUGAAUGGCUAUGCAUCCGUAUCAACUUCCUCUUCAACCUUGUGUUUUUCGUGAUGCUAGUCAUACUUGUCUCCUUGCCACGGGAUACAAUUGAUCCAAGUCUUGCAGGGCUUGCAGCUACCUAUGGCCUUAACCUUAAUGUGUUACAAGCAUGGGUUAUAUGGAAUCUGUGCAAUGUUGAAAACAAGAUGAUCUCGGUAGAGAGGAUUUUCCAGUUCACAAACAUACCGAGUGAAUCUCCUUUAGUGAUUGAGAACUGUAGACCAAUGGAAACAUGGCCAUGGUGCGGAACCAUUCAGAUCGAGGCUCUCCAAAUUCAGUACAGCCCUGACAUGCCCAUGGUUCUCAAAGGCAUGAACUGCACAUUUCCAGGAGAAAAGAAAAUUGGGGUGGUAGGGCGGACAGGGAGUGGGAAGUCUACUCUCAUCCAGGCUUUAUUUCGGGUCGUUGAACCAUCUGCAGGACGGAUAUUCAUAGAUGGAGUGGACAUAUCGCUUUUGGGAGUGCAUGAUUUGCGGUGUAGAUUGAGUAUUAUACCACAAGAACCAACUCUCUUCCAAGGGACUGUCAGAACAAACCUGGAUCCUCUACAACAACAUCUGGACACUGAAAUAUGGGAGGUUCUGCGUAAGUGCCGUCUUGAGGAGAUUGUCAGAGAAGACAAUAGGUUGUUAGAUGCACCAGUAGUUGAAGAUGGCGAAAACUGGAGUGUGGGGCAGAGGCAACUUGUGUGCUUGGCCAGGGUAUUGCUGAUGAAAAGGAAAAUACUUGUUUUAGAUGAAGCUACAGCAUCAGUUGAUACUGCGACUGAUAAUAUCAUCCAAAAGACGAUAAGGCAAGAAACGGACAAUUGCACAGUUAUUACAAUUGCACAUAGGAUCCCCACCGUGAUUGACAGCGACCUUGUUCUUGUACUCGGAGAAGGUAGGAUACUAGAGUUUGAUUCACCGGGAAAUCUACUUAGAGAUGAAUCAUCAGCUUUCUCAAAGCUGGUGAUGGAAUUCAUGGGAAGGUCAGAGGGCCGACAUCAACCAGAGCUAAUGCAGAGGCAUCAAGUAAUUACCAACCUAGCUGACCUCACUUAGGCUUGUGUAUACAUAUAAGCUCUGACGGAGCAUAAGGAAUGAAAGCACAGGGAAACAAGGAAAAUUUGGUUUAGAGGUGAAGAUUAUACCAGUGGCAUAUGGACACUUGAACUACUGUAGAAAUCUAAUUUAUCUUCUUGUUCUAGCCUUUUUUUCUCCUAGUGUUUGUUCAUAUUGUAUAGCCAAUCUAAGUGAUGUUAGGUAUAUGCUACUCCCUCCAUUCACUAUAAUAAGAUGGUCUAACUUUCUUCU